AUGGCACCUUUCGAAGCUCUUUAUGGAAAAAAGUGCAGAACUCCACUUUGUUGGUUUCAAGAGGGAGAAGUGGUGUUAACUGGACCAGAAGUAAUCCAGAAAACAAUUGAAAAGGUGAAGUUAAUUCAAGAAAUGUUGAAGACAUCUAAGAGUAGGCAGAAGUCGCAUGCUGAUAGAAGAAGGAGACCUCUCGCUACAGGAGAUCAUGUUUUCCUUAGGCUGAAUCCGACCACGGGUAUUGGGAGAGUCGUUCGGUCUGAUAAGCUAUCUCCUAAGUUCAUUGGUCCAUACCAAAUCUUAAAACGUAUAGGACUAGUUGCCUACGAUAUGGUUUUACCACCUCAACUAUCCAACCUUCAUCCAUUCUUCCAUGUCUCUCAACUCAGAAAGUAUGUAGCAGAUCCUUCUCAUGUGCUGGAAGCAAAGGAUGUCCAGAUCAAAGAAGAACGUUCGGUUGAGAUGAAGCCUGUCAGCAUAGAGGGAAACCAAACCAAACAACUCAGGGGCAAAACCAUCAGUUUAGUUAAAGUGGUCUGGGACAAGAGAGCAUGCGACUUCACAUGGGAAAUGGAAGACGUCAUGAGGGAGUUAUAUCCUCACCUGUUCUCUGGUGUGGUGAAGAUUAAGUUAAAUGGCUCUGUAUGGGAAUUGAAAAAUGUUAGACAUAUUCUCGACCUAAAAAGGAACUUAAUCUCUGUUGGUCAGAUGGCCAAUGAUGGCUACACAACAGUCUUCCAUGGUAAUCAUUGGAAGAUUUCAAAGGGUGCAAUGACAGUUGCUCGUGGUAGGAAACGUGGUCUCUUUACAAGACAUAAGAAGCUUGUCAUUUGA